AUGAAAGUUCUCAUACUUCUAUUCCUUGGAUUACUGUGCCGGUUGAGUGGUUCUUCAUCUACACCAUCGAAUGCGAUGUCAGAAGAUUCCGUCUUCCUGCGAAUCGCCGAAUCUCUCGAUGCUCAUUCCCGGCUGACAGCUUCUCUGAACACCUUUGCUGAGCUCAUAAACCCAACGAAACCAUAUUCGGCACUCGGAAAAUAUUUCCUUCUAGACGAUUCCAUAAUCUCAGAAUUGAUGAAUUUGGAUGGGACGCAUGCAACUAGAAUUGUCGAAGAAUUGACAGACUCGAAUAAUAAUCUAACGGUGUUCAAUGAGAAAAGCAAGAGAUUCAAGAUGUUUCAAAAGCUACACCAGUUAAUCAAUACUACCGUAAUCCCUGGGAAACGAGAGAAGGAUGAGGUGGCAGCGAUAAUUGAAGGAUGGGACAAGUUCAAAUUUCUUGAUUUGGGCCUUUUGAAAUACCACAAGUCCGUUCUGGAAAAUUUGAGCUACUCGGACGACGCCGGUGUUGUUGAAAUGAGGAUUCGAGGAGCUGUGGCUGCUUUGACUGCGAUUCCAACAAUACUUGAAGCAAUCACGGAGGGGAUACCAAAGUUAGAUGGACGUCAUCGGGUUUUUGAGAUUUUCGGAGACUUUGAAUUUUUGAUUUCCAGUCUGAAAGCGUAUAAGGAAGGAGGUUCAGUUGGUGAUGAUGAUCAUGCGGGGAACUUGGGAAAACUUUUUUCAAAAUCUCAAUCAUAUCUAACUGGCAACAGAGUGGCUAGGAUGUUGACAGAAUUGGCUCAUUCUUCGGGCUUUCCACAAACGCUGGUACAUUUGAAACAAGAUCUCGACGGCCAAUUUUUUCGAAAAGUUCUAAACAAAGGAGAAGGCCUUAAACUGCUGAAAACAAUUUUGAAUCCGUUUUUCGAAGUGGAGCUAGUUCUGUCAUCCAUUUGGAAUGAUCUACGUUCUGAUGCGAAACCCGAUGCAUUCAAAAACUCUUCUGACACAGUUUUACGUCUUCUGAAUUGGAUAACUUCGGCUGGAUACACAUCAGAAAUCGAAUUCCAAACAUCUUGGACUCAUCUCCACCGCAUUUUGAAAUCUGAAAUUCCGAUAUCAGAUGAUGAUUUUUUGAACAAUUUCAAAAGUCUAACAGAAGCGUUCGAUGAGUACACGGGACUUUUGAAGAGGGUGAAGGAUUUGAAGGAAUCCAAAGAGUACAGAGCUGCAAUCAAUGGAGUUGAAAGCAUUGAAACGUUGAACCAUUAUUCAGUCUCGCGUAUACAUAUUGCAUCUGUUGAGCAUAAGAACAAGUAUGAGGAAGCAAUGAAAGAAGUUAAGGGCGUGCGAGACAAUUUCGAAAAGGCUCUCGAUGCACUAGUAUCGAUGAAUGAAACAAUCAGUGCAAUCAAAGGAAAAAUCAGUAGUUUCUCGAGUUGGAAAUUGGAUGAGACGGAGAAGUGGCUGAAACAGACUUCCGAGAAUUUGAGAAAAUCAACGGACCAAAAUCUGCUUUCCCGAAUGACUCCUGUAUUCAAAUUCAUCGAUUCGUCCCCUCAAUCACCUUCCGACUUCGCCGAUUUCGCUCGAGUUUGCUCAGUACUCGCUGCUUCUGUGAAAACGGGGAUGGCAAAAGUUGAAGACCUGAAAACGAAGCUGAGCAAUUUGAAAGACGAUCGAUACACUAAAUACAUUAUGGAGUUCAACAAAUACAAUGUGACGGAAAAGUUCCAGAGUGGAUCGAUUUUAUUCAAAUUGUUUGACCGAGUUAUCAAGAGUUCGACAGAUUUUGAGACGUUUUUUAAGAACGGAGACUUGCUGGAAAUUGAAAUUCGAAACUUGAAUUUUAGCACCUCGAUGCGACGUGGAUGGUUGGAGAAGAUGAAGAUUUUCCAGUCCACCAAAUCCAAAUUCUUCGAAAUGAGGGAUCAAAUUCUGAAAAGGCACGAAUUCUACACUCCAGAAUCCAUUGAAAACCUGAUGUCCCUCAGAUGGCUCGUCGAGAAUCUUGCCGACAUUCCAAAUCCAGCACUGGAUGUUUCUCAGUGGCGCGAUUUUGCUGAGGAGGUCGAAAAUUCAAACAAUUCAAUAGCCGUUACUGAUUUCAAGUCUUCUUUCUCAAAAAUUUUCGAUUUGAAUUAUUCGGCUCAUCAAGAAAAAUGCUCAAUGGCCUACACAAAUUAUAGAGCCCUUUUGAGAUUUUUGAAGUCAAUUCUAGCCGCUGAAAAAGUGUCACAAUUGACAUUCUGGGAUUACAAUAAAAACUGGAUCAAAAUCGGUGGAUUCUGCUUUGUAACCAUUCUAAUCAAUGCUGUAAUCUAUGCAGUGACAAUUAUGAAUUUGGAAAGAAAGGCAAAGGAAUCAGAGGAAUCGGAAGAAUUGGAACACUUCAAUGAAAUGUGGGAGGAGUUUGAGAAGAGAAAGAAAGGACAAUUCAUGGGAACUUAUUGA